UGAACAUUCGAGGAUUCCGUAGAUUUUCAACUUGGUGUUGGCGGUAGUUUUUAUUUUGUAAUUUUAACCGGAGGAAGCGGAAUAUACGUGCGGUAUGGCGGGGCAGCAGGCGGAGGUGCACUCCCGCACACAAAGGCUGAAAGCUGCUGUUCAUUACACAGUGGGCUGUCUGUGUCAGGAAGUUGCUGACGAUAAAAACAUUCAGUUUAGCAAACAAGCUGUUGCUGCAAUUUCUGAAAUCACCUUCAGACAAUCUGAAAUCUUUGCAAAAGACCUUGAGAUGUUUGCACGACAUGCAAAAAGAACCACAAUUAAUAUGGAAGAUGUGAAACUUCUUGCCAGACGGAGCCGUUCUCUGCUCACGCACAUCACUAAGUGCAGUGAAGAAAUUGCAUCUAAUAACCAGGAGCUGAAAGAAAAGAAAAAAAAGAAAUCUGUGGGUUCAGGAAAAGCGCAAAGGACCUCAGAAGGGGAGGGGGCAGUGGCUGACGAUGAGGAUAACAUAAUGGCGCCAUGACGGUUGCGUCUGGUGACCCUCUGAGGACUGGAGCUGUGAACCGCUGUAUUAUUACCGGUGUUAUAUGGCUAAGGACAGUCCCACAGAGGGCACAAGAUGUAUGUUUUAUAAAUGUAAUAUAUUUGUACGUUAUUAUAUUUGUAAUGAAAAAUAAAAAUGGUUUGUAAAAUGCCUUUAUGAUAAUA